AUGAUGAAGCGGACGUGCAAGCUGGAAUUGACAGAGGGAAGAGCCACGACGGCGGAGAAGGAGACCAGGAAACAAAACCCCUUUUUCCCAGGGUUAUUUGAUGCGGUGAAUGCCCAAAACCGACUCAGGUCAGAACAAUUGGAGCGGGGCUUAAUUACGCACCAGGAACCGCAUCAAUUCAAUGAAGCUGCAGCGGUUUGGGACAACAACCGACAAUCUUCGGUUGCUAAGUCCCGCGUCUCUUGUAGUGGUUCAAUGUUUAUGAUUGUAGAUGAAUCACACUAUCUGAAGAAUGCUUCGGCAAAGGGGACUACUGCAAGUCUUCCAGUUAUAAAGAUAACAAGUUUCUUGUUGGAUUACCCUUCUGCUUCUGGUGUUAUGCCUUUGUACAGCGAAACCAUCCAUCCAUUGAUUCCCAACAUGGCUUUUCUAGGCUAUGUUGAGAACGUCGCUAACCUUCACUUUUCUGCAAAUAUGUUUGUAGAGGUUGCUGCAUUACGUGUUAAGGAUCUUUUUGCUAGUGCAAGAUCAUUUCCACCUUCUAUCAUAUUUAUUAAUGAGAUAGAUGCUAUUGGUAGCAAGCGUGGAGGACUUGACAUUGGUGGAAUGCUUGUGAUAGGUGCUACAAAUAGAUUAGAUAUUCUUGAUCCCGCUUUGUUGAGGAAGGGUCAUUUUGACAAGAUCAUUCGAGUUGGUUUGCCAUCAAAAGAUGGAAGAUUUGCCAUUUUGAAGAUGAUUUCCUCCUCCGACAAUUUAUGCAUAAUGAACCUUGCUUCGAGAAGAAUAAAUUCUUUCGCUCAGAGGCAUUUGGAUUACAUUGGGCGAGAAGAGCUAUUUGAGGCAUUAAAGAGGCAAAAAGGAACUUUUGGAACAUGGCAAGAGGAUAAUGCUAAAAUUCCUAAAGAAUUGAAGCUUAAACUGGCAUACAGAGAAGCGGCAGUUGCUGUUCUUUGGUAA